UGUUCUUUGUAGCCUUUAGUACCGACGGUAGAUACUCGAAGGACACAUCUUUUGAUCACCAACGUAUUUGUAUGUUCAGACUGACGAGGUCUAACUAUACCAUUACUAUACUGGGACGAUGUCUAAACGGAGCGUUGUUCAGAUCUGCGGCUUUGUCUUUUUCUUUGUCGUGGUGCAUUACGCUCACGGGGACCUGAGCUAUUCUGUCCUGGAGGAGCAGAAGCGAGGAUCUGUUAUAGGAAAUAUUGCGAAGGAUCUGGGCCUGGAGGUGGGCAGACUGUCUGCUCGAAAAGCUCGUGUUGAUAUGGAGGGAAGCGACAAACAAUACUGCGGAGUAAAUCUUCAGAGCGGGGAUUUAUUCGUUUCUGAAAGAAUUGACCGAGAGGAGCAUUGUGGAGAGAAGCCUUCGUGUGUUCUCAAAUUCGACUUGCUGUUGGAGAAUCCAUUGGAGUUACACCGGUUGUCUCUGCAGGUGCAGGAUGUCAACGACAACGCGCCAUUUUUCCCGAGGGAUAUAAUAAAGCUAGAAAUAAGAGAAUCAGCUUACAAAGGAGCCAAGUAUCGUAUUAAUUUAGCACAGGAUGCCGAUAUAGGCAAGAACUCAGUUCAGAGCUACAUUUUACAACAAAACCCUCACUUUGUUUUCAAUAUAGAGACGACGAGCGCUGGCAGUAAAUACGGUGAGUUGGUUUUGGAUAAAGAGUUAGAUCGAGAGGAGCAGCAGGAGAUGAAAUUAUUGCUCACAGCUGUUGAUGGAGGCUCUCCUCAGAGAUCCGGGACUGUAGUCAUACACGUCAUUGUACUAGAUGCUAAUGAUAACGCCCCAGUGUUCACUGAGAGCAUCUAUACAGCAACGAUAGCAGAAAACUCACCUAUCGAUACACCUGUGAUCACUGUGAGUGCAUCUGACGCAGAUGAAGGUGUCAACGGAGAAGUAACAUUUCAAUUUAGUCGAAUCUCUGAUAAAUCACGAAAGUUGUUUUCACUGGAGGAGAAAACUGGAGUGAUCAGUGUAGCUGGAAACAUCGAUUAUGAAGAGGGAUCCAAAUAUGAAGUUUCUGUUGAAGCAAAAGAUGGUUAUGGUCUGUCAUCAGAAGCAAAAGUGAUAAUUGAUAUCACUGACGUGAAUGAUAAUGCCCCUCUGAUUUACAUAAAAUCACUGACAUCUCCCAUACCUGAGAACGUGUCACCUGGUACAGAGGUGGGCAUCAUUAACGUGCAGGACAGAGACUCUGAUAGUAACAGACAGGUCCGCUGCUCCAUUCAGCAAAAUGUCCCUUUUAAGUUGGUUCCUUCAAUUAAAAACUAUUAUUCUCUGGUGAGCACAGGACAACUGGACCGUGAACUAGUGUCUGAUUACAACAUUACAAUCAGUGCCACUGACGAGGGCUCUCCACCUCUGUCGUCGUCUAAAACUGUUCAGUUAUCUGUAGCAGACAUCAACGACAACCCACCUGUGUUUGAGGAGCAGUCGUACAGCGCAUAUGUGAGUGAGAAUAACAAAGCUGGCUCCACUUUAUGUUCCGUUAGUGCUCGAGACCCCGACUGGAGACAGAACGGUACAGUGAUUUAUUCUCUGUUAGGCGGUGAGGUGAACGGUGCCCCGGUGUCCUCCUAUGUGUCCGUGAACGGAGACACGGGGGUGAUCCACGCUGUGAGGUCGUUUGAUUAUGAACAGUUCCGGAGCUUCAAAGUUCAGGUGAUGGCCAGAGACAACGGUUCUCCUCCUCUCAGCAGCAACGUGACCGUGAGUGUGUUCAUAUCAGAUGUGAAUGACAACUCUCCUCAGAUCCUGUACCCCGGGCCAGAGGGCAAGUCGUUCAUGACCGAGCUGGUCCCCAAAGCUGCACACGGAGGCUCUCUGGUGUCCAAAGUGAUAGCGGUGGACGCGGACUCUGGACAGAACGCCUGGCUGUCGUAUCAAAUAGUGAAAUCCACUGAUCCGGGACUUUUCACUAUUGGUGUCCACAGUGGAGAGAUCAGGACCCAGCGGGACAUUUCUGAAUCUGACAGCAUGAAACAGAACCUUGUAGUGUCAGUGAAAGAUAACGGGCAGCCCUCUCUGUCUGCCACCUGUUCCAUGUAUUUACUGAUUUCUGAUAACUUGGCUGAGGUGCCAGAACUGAAGGACAUUUCUUAUGAUGAGAAGAACUCCAAACUGACCUCUUAUCUGAUCAUCGCGCUGGUGUGUGUGUCGACGUUUUUUCUGACCUUCAUCAUCAUCAUCCUCGGUGUGAGGUUUUGUCGCAGGAGAAAGCCCAGACUGUUGUUUGACGGAGCAGUGGCCAUCCCCAGCGCGUAUCUCCCUCCUAAUUACGCAGAUGUUGACGGCACAGGAACUUUACGCAGCGCUUACAAUUAUGACGCCUACCUGACAACAGGGUCUCGAACCAGUGACUUUAAGUUUGUGUCAUCGUACAAUGACAACACACUGCCAGCUGACCAGACUCUGAGGAAAAGUCCAUCAGACUUUGCAGAAGUGUUUGGAGACUGUGACGACUCUCCUGAGGUAGGAACAUGCGCUAGUUAGAGUGUUCUACUUGAGCACUGGAUUGAUAUUGCUUGAAUCACAAAUAUGUUUAUCACCCCAUCACCUUUGAUUUCAACUCUAAUGGGACUAUAUGGUCUUAUAACCCUAUACUCUUUGUUCAAACACCGAGGUUUUGGUUAUUUAUUUGGUUGUAUUCGGGAUGGCUUUAAUUGACCUUCAUUUCAGUCAUGUGUGAGUCAUUGUUUUUUUUAAGCAUCAGUAACUGUAUUAAAAUUAGUGUUUUAACAUGAUAGAUAUUAGUGCUAGUUGUUUUUAGUUGUUUGGUUGUAUGAUGUUUGGUCUGAAAGCAGUUGAUUUCAUUAUUUUUUGCUGCUCUGUUGCUUGACUUUUGCUCUGGAUAUAAAUGCUUGCUCGGAAUAGAGAUGCAUUAUCUAGCCAUGUUUUAAGUUUUUCUUGUACUUGAUAUCUUUCUAAUUCUUUUACAUAGUUUUUUUAUGUAGGUUAUAAGGCAUACUGCCUUAACUCAUGAUUCAAAGGAUGUCUCAAUGUCGGUGAUAAUUUUGUUGUUUUCACAUGUUUGUGUGCUCUUCUGACCUUCUAUAUUCUAACAGAUCUUUCAUUUUCCAUCCUGAAUGCUCUUUAUCCUAACAAUAUUAGCCGAUUCCUUGAUUUUCCUCAAACUUCUCCAACACAAAUUCAGAAUAAAUCAGUGGUAUAUGAAAAUACUUCCCUGUUCAUCUUUUACUUAGCACUUAUAUUUUCAUGCUUGAUUUGAAGCAUGGCUUCUUUUGCUGCCUCUGUCCUUGGUGCUGAAAUUCAACUUUACAGUUCACAAAAACAACUGAACUCCAU